AUGGAAGCUUUAGAAUCGACCCAAAACCAAGAAGAGAUAGUGCCUUUACAAAUCCCUGUAUUUGAAAAUACAUCUACAAAUCCAUUGCUUGACUCAUCAUCGCUGCCAUCAUCAAAUGAACAAACCACUCAUAUUAAUGCGCCAAAUCAAAACACCAGUCAAGAAAUGAUUGAAAAAGCAAAAGAACCUAUUAAUAAUAGUGAACCACUACCUAAAAAUGAAGAUAAUGACAAUAUUCAAAUUGAAAGUAAUAAUAUGGAGCUUGUUUCUUCCAAUGUUCAAGAAGUUAAAAACAACACAAAUAUUUCUUCAAAUGACAAUGUUAAUAAUCAUAAUCAUAAUAAGGCCCCAUUUAGUUUGCGUAAAUUAUCAGAUGCUGGAUUCCAAGCUCUGCCUCCAGGAUCUCGUUUAUUUUUGGGAAAUUUAUCCACUCAUUCGACUACUAAAAAGGAGCUUUAUGACAUCUUUUCUCCUUAUGGAGAAAUUUUUGAAAUAUCUAUUAAAAAUAGCUUUGGUUUUAUCCAAUAUGAUAAUACUGAGAGAUUGGAGGUUUCUCAUGGUAAGUUACAUCACCGUUCGCAAAAUCAAGAUACUGGGCAUAAAAAUAAUUUUGGGCAUCAUCAUGAAAAACGUUGGAAUCAAAGAGGCGGAAAUAAAAAUAAUUGGCAUAAUAAUAACAAAAGAGAAUAUUCACCCGCCAGAGGACAUCAUACUCAAACCCAUAAUAAUUGGCAUUAUAAUAAGGAAGGCAAUGAAAGAAGACAUAGCCGUGAUUCAUAUAGGGAGGAUCACCGUGACCAAAAAAACUCCCAUAGAUCUAAACCAUAUAGAGUUCCUAAUAGAGAUUAUUCAGAACAAAAACAAAGUCGAGAUAAUAGGUCACAAUUACAUGACAAGGCUAAUGAUGAAUUUCCUUUACCUAGAAGGCAAGGCAAUGCGGUACCAGAAUGUCAAAUAAUUGUCCUUGAAGAAGUUGAUCGGAAUUAUUUGUGGCAAGCAGAGAAUGCUUUCAGAGAAGCAAAGAUCUCUGUUCACACACUUCAUUUAUCUAGAAAACUUCAAAUUCAAGCAGUUGUUCGUCAAAUGAUUGUAGAAGGCGUGCAUGCGGUUGUCUUUUUAGAAAGAGCCCUUAUAAUGAAUGGUAGGGUUAAUAUGCAAAUUUUUGAACAUCAACGUUCUCAAGAUAAUGUAAAAUAUGAUGAAUAUAACAAUAUUAGAAUAGAAGAUGCAGUUGGAUUAUUGUCUCGAGCUCAUGUUUCAUCGGUCCCUAACAAUAUGUUAACUGGUGGGCAACAAAUUUUACCUCAAACACAAAAGGCUGCCCCAAUUAUAGAACAGCCAAAUGCAUUAAAUAUUAAUCCAAUUUCAUUAAAUAAUGUUAAUUUUGCCGCACUUGCUAAUUUGCUUGUAGUUUCACCUGGUACCAAUUUACAACAUCAGCCAGGUUUUAUGUCUGCACAACCACAAAAUUUUGAUGUACAACAAAUACUUGGAAAUUUGGCGCCUGCAAAUGCUCCAAAUCAACAACGAUAUACGCAAGUGUUCCCUCAUAAUACUAUGCCUUUUAAUACUUCAAUGAUUAACCAGCAUAAUGUUAACAAUCCAAAUGUUAUGCCUCCUCCUCAGCCUAAUAAUACUCUUCCUUUACCUCAACAUCAACCCCAACAUGUUGCACCAAAUUUACAACAGUUUCAUAAUCAAAUUCCUGGUAGCUCUAAUAUCACAGAUCUUAUGACACAAUUCAAUAAUUAUAACAACUAA